CAUGAUGACGUUCCUUUGACGUCUCGACCACGUCUAUACUUUUGCGGUCGUACUCUUAGUGGUGAGACGACGAAAUGCAGCAGGAGCUAACGGAGCAAUUGCUAAAGUAUCUGGAGCAUCAUGAUCAAGUGGAUACACUUGAUCUGGUGCCGGUGUUCAAUGAGGAGCAUCAAAAAAUCAUUGGUGCCCUAAAAAGUAUUGAGGCAAGUGGAAAUAUCAUUUCCUCUGUGGCAACAUCGCGUAAAACGUGGUCACUCACGGAUGAGGGGAGAGCUGUGGCGGAGAAUGGAAGUCACGAGGCUGUUGUGUAUCGGGCAGUUCCUGCUGAAGGAAUCACCCAGGCUGAACUGAUGAAGACUUCAGCAAAUGCCAAGAUUGGGUUCAGUAAGGCCAUGAGUCAGGGAUGGAUUGCUGUGGAUAAGAGUGGUGGUGCUCCUGUUGUGAAGCGCAAAGUUGAUACAAUUGUGGAUGUGGUGCAGCAGCAUUUGGUGGAGAUUAGUCGAGGUGGUGGUCAGGAGAUUGCGGACAAUGUGAAGCAGGACUACAAGAAGAGGAAACUCCUUCAGGAAGUUGUCACGAAGAGCUUCAUCCUGUCGCGUGGAGAGGAAUUCACGACGACUCUCACGAAGCUUGAAACGGAUCUCACGGUGGACAUGCUGGCGAGUGGUUUGUGGAAAAAUCUCAAAUUCAAAGCGUACAACUUUGAUGCUCUCGGAGCCACCGUGGAGCGUGGGCAUUUGCAUCCACUGCUGAAGGUUCGCAGUGAAUUCCGGCAGAUUUUCCUGGAGAUGGGUUUCUCGGAGAUGCCCACAAAUAACUACGUGGAAUCGUCCUUCUGGAAUUUUGACGCUUUAUUCCAGCCACAGCAGCAUCCAGCACGUGAUGCACAUGAUACUUUCUUUCUCACGCAUCCCGCAAAUAGCUCGAAAUUCCCCAUGGAUUACUUGGAGCGUGUAAAGAAGGUACAUUCAGUGGGUGAGUACGGAUCACAGGGGUAUGGGUACGAUUGGAAGCUGGAGGAGGCUCAGAAGAAUAUCCUACGAACCCACACGACUGCCGUUAGUGCACGCAUGCUGUACAAGUUGGCAAAUCAACCGGGAGGAUUCAAGCCAGCAAAGUACUUCAGCAUCGAUCGGGUAUUCCGCAAUGAGACCCUCGAUGCCACGCAUUUAGCGGAAUUCCAUCAAGUUGAGGGCGUAAUUGCGGAUGUGGGACUGACUCUGGGCGAUCUCAUUGGCACCCUGUAUGCCUUCUUCAGUAAACUCGGCAUUACGCAGCUUGACUUCAAGCCCGCCUACAAUCCAUACACGGAGCCCAGCAUGGAGAUCUUCUGCUUCCAUCCGGGACUCAAUAAGUGGAUUGAAAUUGGGAAUUCGGGGCUUUUCCGCCCGGAGAUGUUGCUGCCGAUGAAUCUACCGCCGGAUGUGAAUGUCAUUGCGUGGGGCCUGUCGCUGGAGAGGCCAACAAUGGUCAAGUACGGCAUCAACAACAUUCGUGAUCUCGUUGGGCCCAAAGUUGACCUCAAAAUGGUCCAAGAAAAUUCUCUCUGCCGUCUGGAUAAGUAGCUGCAGCAUCCACCAUCGCAGCUAAUUAAUUUUCAAAAUUCACUAGUAAGCCGAACUUAAAAUUUGUCUGUCUUAUAAUUUUAAAUCGGUUUCUAAAUCCGUCUUAUAAUUUUAAGUCGAUUUUUAACUCGAUGUUAAAAUUUUAAGUCAGUUUUUUAAGUCGGAUUUUUUUAGUGAAAUUACAAAAAAAAUCCUACUUAAAAAAAUAACUUGAAAUUUUAAGAUCAACUUCAAUUUGCAAACCUGACCUAAAAAACUGAGUUAAAAUUUUAAGCCCGACUUAAAAUGUUUAAAGUCUGACUUUAAAAACCCUUUUAGUGAAAUUAGCGAAUUUCACUGAAAAAUAAAAAUUAGGAGUUUGUCUUAAAAUUUUAAGUCGGUUUCUAAGUCCGUCUUACAUUUUUAUGUCGAUUUUUAACUCGGUGUUAAAAUUUUAUGUCAGUUUUUAAGUCGAGAUUAAAAUUUUAAGUUAGUUCUUUAGGUCGGGUUUAAAAUUGAAUUCGAUCUAAAAAUUUUAAGUCAGUUUUUUAUGUCAAACGUUAUAGUGAAAUUAUCGAAUUUUAUUCAAAAUAAAAAUAAUAAGUCCGACUUAAAAAAAAUGACUUAAAAUUUUAAGACCGACUUCAAUUUUUAAACCCAACUUUAAAAAAAAACUGACUCAAAUAUUAAGCUCAACUUAAAAACUGACUUAAAAUUUUAAGGCCGACUUAAAAAUCGACUUAAGAUUUAAAAAUCUUAAGUCUUACCUUUAAAAUCUUAACUUUAAAAAGUCGGACUUAAGAAACUUUUCAGUAAAAUUAGCGAAUUUCGUUGAAAAAUAAAAAUUAAAAGUCCGACUUAAAAACCAAUUUAAAAAAAAAAACGACUUACUAGUGGAUUUCACCUUAUUGAUUUCUUUUGCAACGCAGAACAAAGCCUCCAGUUAAUGUUAAAGAAAAUUGAUACGAAAGAAUAUAAUUUGAACGUCUCUGAAAUAAAAAGAUUUUCAUUUACCAAA